CUCCCGCUUCCGGCGCCAUGGCGGAGCCGCGGCCUGCAGCGGUUUCCUCAUUGCCAGAACCUCCCAAAGCCCACCGUAAAAAAGCACCCGAGUUACCAGUCCUAGAGAGGAAAAACUGGUUGAUCUACCUGCUGUAUGUUCACAGAGACUACGAGGAGUGCAAGGCUGUCAUCAAAGAGCAGCUCCAGGAGUCCCACGGGCUGUGUGAAUAUGCAGUCUACGUUCAAGCUUUGAUAUUUCGCUUGGAGGGGAAAAUUCAAGAAUCUCUGGAACUUUUUCAGACAUGUUCCAUCCUGAACCCUCGGAGCGCUGACAACCUCAAGCAGGUGGCACGGUCGCUGUUUCUUUUGGGGAAGCACAAGGCGGCCAUCGAAGUGUACAACGAAGCAGCUAAACUCGAUGAGAAGGACUGGGAGAUCAGCCACAACCUGGGUGUGUGCUACAUGCAUCUGAAACAUUUCAACAAGGCACAAGACCAGCUAAACAAUGCCCUGGAGCUCAACAGACAUGAUCUGACUUACAUGAUGCUGGGGAAGAUUCACCUACUGGAGGGGGAGGUGGAUAAAGCCAUUGAAGUCUAUAAGAAAGCAGUAGAGUUUUCUCCAGAAAACACAGACCUCCUGACAACCCUGGGGCUGCUCUACUUGCAGCGUGGGGAUUACCAGAAGGCUUUUGAACACCUUGGAAAUGCACUUACUUAUGACCCAACCAACUACAAGGCUACCUUGGCUGCUGGCAGCAUGAUGCAGGUCCAUGGAGAUUUUGAUGUUGCCCUCUCCAAGUACAGGGUGGUGGCCAGCACGGCGCCGGAAAGCCCCCCCCUCUGGAACAACAUCGGGAUGUGCUUCUUUGGGAAGAAGAAAUAUGUGGCAGCAAUCAGCUGCCUGAAGCGGGCAAACUACUUGGCUCCCUUUGACUGGAAGAUCUUGUACAACCUGGGGUUGGUCCACCUCACCAUGCAGCAGUAUGCAUCUGCCUUCCACUUCCUCAGUGCUGCUAUCAGCUUCCAGCCCAAGAUGGGAGAGCUCUAUAUGCUCCUUGCAGUUGCUCUGACAAACCUUGAAGACAUGGAGAACGCCAAACGUUCCUAUGAACAGGCUGUGGCCCUGGACAAGUGCAACCCCCUGGUCAACCUGAACUAUGCCAUCCUGCUGUAUAACCAGGGGGACAAGCAGGGAGCCCUCUGCCAGUACCAGGAGAUGGAGAAGAAGGUCAGCGUGGUGAAGGAGAGCAGUGCCCUUGACUUUGACCCUGAGAUGGUGGAGGUUGCCCAGAAGAUGGGAGCUGCCCUGCAGGUGGGGGAGAGCCUGGUCUGGACUAAGCCUUCUAAAGAGUCUAAAUCCAAGCAGCGAGCUGCUCCAGCAGGGAAAGCCUCCAGCACUCAGCAGCCUUUGGGCUCUAACCAGGCCCUGGGCCAAGCCAUGUCCUCAGCUGCAGGGUAUGGGAAGACCCUGCAGCUUCCCCCAGGUGCUGGAGCAGCAGCAAAGCCUCCCUCACUGCCCCUGGAGCCAGAGCCAGGCCCAGACACCAGCCCCGAGGUGCCAGCAGAGGCUGAGGAGCAGAGCAAGAGCCGGGAGGCAGGGGACUAGGACGGACUCUGGUGGCCACAGGCAGCUGCAGGGGCAUCCCCAGCUCUGCCUGCUGGCCUGUGGGGAGAGGGACCUGCCCUCUCCUCUGACCUGUGGUGGCUUCACCCCACUGUCAGUUAGUCUAAAUGCAGCUGUUUCCUGUUAAUGAGUUUAGCACGUGGCCUCCCCCGUGUCCCAGGAGUUACUGCAGCAAGGAGAGGUGCUUGUGUAGCUUCUGUCAGUUGGUCACAGCUGUCCCGUGCAAGAGCCUGGAGGAUGGAGACCCAUCUCUCCACAGGGUUGGCUGUCCUCAGGGUUUGGCUGGAAGUCUUCCAGAAGGAUGCUGAGGCAUCCACUGUGUUUAGAAAAGCCAGAAGUAGUGAGUUAGCAUCCUGGGCCCCAAAGAGGGUCUCAAAUCCUUCAGUGCUGAACUUGUAACCUGCUGAGGAGCAAGGCCAGAAUGAGGCUGGAGUGAGGUCGGUGGCAAAACAGGGGCAGAAAGUAGCACACCUUGCCAGGGCAAAUGCAGGGCUUGUUGCUCCUUGUUUCCCAAGGACACAACUUUGUAAAUGCUUCCUCCAGGCUGAGGAGAGGAAGCUGAAACAGCAGGGAGCUGCUGGCCCUGAGCAGGGCACUGCCAGGGGCACAGGGCACCAUUUAAAGUUGCAGGAGACUGGCAAUUCUGGAAGCUGCAGCACCAAAACAGUCUGUCAAAUCCCUGGUUGUUUGCUGAGAAACAGGGUAAAUGGGCCUGGGUGAAGCUGUUUCAGUUCUUCCUGGAGAAUUUGUAUCUUUCCCUCUGCAGUGUGGGGUUGCAGGGAAAGGGAAAAAAAGGGCAAGGCUUUUCUGAAAAGAGGACACAGCUUCAGAGCUGAACUGAAAUUGUUUAGUGAGACAGCAGCCAUGCUCUGAAUAAUUUAGUUGUGCCCUCCUUACAGUUGCAUUAGAGGAGGAAUCACUGAUGCUGGCUGAGAGGCAGCAGAGCAGCCCGUUGGUGAGCAGUGAGGAAUGUGGAUGCUGGUGUGAUACUCGAGCUUUGAAAAGGUUUCUGUCCUUGAACAGCAAAAUCUGAGCCUUCCUUUGCUCUGCUCCUGUCAGUUUGUUGCCUCUGGUUCCUCUUUUAGUUCUGCACUGUGGUAUCACUCUGUAAUUAACAAGUCCAACAGAGCAAGGUGAGGAUGGAAACUUAGCAAAGCCCUGAAAGCAGCUGGGCUGAGGCUCUGAGCACACUCAGACCCUGCAGCUCUGCUGUGUGGUGACCUGCUGUUACCAGAAUGACAUGGAUGCAUCUUUAGAGCAUAACCAGGAACUAUUCCGCUCCCUGGAGAACACUAAAAAAAGUAGGAGCCCUUCAUUUUCUCCUGUUUUGAUUUCCAAAGCUGCCUGUCUCUCUCAAACCUGGCUUUUGUUCUCCAGCUGUCUGUGCUGCUGGGUUGUGUCCCUGCAGCUCCGGGGUAGCAGCCAUGUCAGAGUUUCCCUCCUGCUAGGAGUUGGAAGAAAACACUGGAUCUUUUGUGAAGCACUGGUAAAUUUCAACAAACCAGACAGGAAGCAGUGUACAUCAGGUACAGUGCAGCCACUUUUAUUCACAUUCCACUUUUCACACUGAAAGUUACUGCAGCAUAACAGGGUGCCUGGGAAGGGGAGGUUGAGAUUGCAGAGCAAGGGUGGGCAGGGGGUGGGAACUCUUUACCUUGCCCCCAAACUUUAGUUCAAGACAGAUUUUGCUGAUAGCUCUUGAUUGCUGUCAUCUGUUAGACUUACCAGAAAGGCUUUCACACCAUGGAAGCCCCAACACAAGGAACAGUGACCACAACAGUGUGGUUCCAGGUAGGGGAGCAUCAGCUUUGCUGAUACAAGGAGAUUUUUCCCCUCCAUCUGCUCAGGAACCUUUGUUUUUACUAUCUGCCUUCCCCUGGUUGUAAAAAAGAAAAGUGAACUUAAACUGUAGCAUUUUGAAACUCCUUUGCUAUGUUUAAUAGGUGGGAGCAGCCCUGGUCCCAUUGCUGUUCUCAACUGACAGCCCCCUGGGGACAAGGAACAAUCAGGAACCUCUCUCCUCUCACCCAGUCCCUGUUACCUUCCUGGCUGUUAGGAGCUUUAACAGGGUAAAUGGCACAUGCCAGGGGCCAUCUGGAGGUGAUGUACAGGUAUUUAAAAGCAAGACAUAUUUUGGUGACAAGCUUAUGCAGAUCAUUGACCAGGUCUCCUAGGAAAGAGGCAGAAGCCCCUUCUACUUUCUGGGUUUGAACAGAGCAGCAGGGAGUGGUUUGCAGUCUGUAAUCACAGUUGGAUAAUAAAUAGAACUGCAAUUC